AUGGCUCCAAAAUCGAAAGAGAAACCCAAAGCCCCAACUCCACAGCCUCCUCCUGCAAUCGAAGAUCUCUUCGCUUCUCUUCAUAGGAAUAUCGAUAAAUCUGAUUAUGAAAAAGCCGUUAAGGACGCUGAUCAAGUGUUGUCGAUUGCACCUAACGACGAGGAUGCGAUCCGAUGUAAAGUUGUGGCUCUUAUCAAAGACGAUAAGAUCGAUGAUGCUCUCUCCGUCAUUCAAUCGUCUCGGAAUCUUCCAAUCGAUCUAGGGUUUCAAAAGGCAUAUUGCUUAUACCGUCAAAACAAGUUAGAAGAGGCUUCUGCAUGUUUAAGAGGCCGAGAGAGAGAUCCGGAGACUUUGCUUUUGGAAGCUCAGAUUCUGUACCGUCAGGGAAACGCGGCUGCUUGCGCCGAUGUGUAUCAGAAACUGCAGAAGUCCGGGAUCGAAACGGCAGAGGUCAAUCUCGUCGCGAGUUUGGUUUCAGCUGGAAAAUCUUCUCAAGUUCAAAAAGCAUUGGAGGCUUGGAAGAUCAAACCAACUCAUAGCUUCGAGUUGGCCUUUAACACUGCUUGCUCUUUGAUUGAAAACCAUAAUUACUCUGACGCAGAAGAACUUUUGCUCACUGCCAAGAGAAUGGGUCAGGAAACCCUCACAGAGGACGAUUUUGCUGAUGCUGAUGUUGAGAUUGAGCUGGCCCCAAUGACCGUCCAACUAGCAUAUGUCCAACAGGUCCUUGGACAAACUCAAGAAGCCACCAACUCUUAUCUAGACUUCAUCAAACGAAAUGUGGCUGAUGAGUUGUCAGAUGCUAUAGCUGUGAACAACCUUAUCGCCUUGAAAGGCUCCAAAGACAUUUCUGAUGGCUUGAGGAAACUUGAUCGGCUGAAAGAAAAAGACUCCCAAAGUUUCCAGCUUACUCAAGCACUUGAGACCAAGCUUUCACUGAAACAGAAAGAGGCUAUUUAUGCCAAUCGUGUCCUUCUUCUCCUCCAUGCAAACAAGAUGGAUCAGGCACGAGAACUUUGUUCUUCACUGCCGGGACUGUUUCCUGAGAGUGUUGUUCCUACAUUGCUUCAAGCUGCUGUUUUGGUGAGAGAGAACAAGGCUGCCAAAGUGGAAGAGCUUCUGGGACAGUAUGCCGAAAAGUUCCCGGAAAAGUCUAAGUUGCUUCUCUUGGCCAGGGCACAGAUUGCUGCUUCCGCCAGUCAUCCGCAUGUAGCAGCAGAGUCCCUCUCCAAAAUCCAUGAUAUCCAGCAUUUCCCUGGAACUGUUGCCACCAUUGUUGCUCUCAAAGAGCGUGCUGGGGACAACGACGGCGCUGCUGCUGUUCUUGACUCUGCAAUCAAGUGGUGGUCAGAUUCGAUGACCGAGGACAACAAGCUUUCCAUAUUGAUGCCUGAGGCUGCUUCCUUCAAGCUCAGGCAUGGUCAAGAAGAAGAGGCUUCACGGCUAUACGAGGAGAUUGUGAAGAACCAUAACAGCACAGACGCUCUUGUUGGUCUUGUGACUACACUUGCUCGUGUCGAUGUUGAGAAAGCAGAGAGUUACGAGAAACAGCUAAAGCCGUUACCCGGAUUGAAGUCUGCUGAUGUUGAUAACCUAGAGAAGACCUCUGGUGCUAAACCCAUUGAAGGCGCUGCUACUGUUGCUGUUGAAGACGUGAAGAGCAAAGAGAAGGCGAAGAGGAAGAGGAAGAGAAAGCCAAAGUAUCCAAAAGGAUUCGAUCCGGCGAACCCUGGUCCACCUCCGGACCCUGAAAGGUGGCUUCCGAGAAGGGAGAGGUCGAGUUACAGACCUAAGAGAAAGGACAAGCGAGCGGCUCAAAUCCGUGGCGCGCAAGGUGCAGUGACCAAGCAAGAUAAACAAGAAGCAGCUCCUACUUCAAAGACCCAAGCGACGACCACUAAGAGUGCAGCUGAUUCAAAGCCUUCUUCCUCUAAAGCCUCCUCUAAGGCUGCGAAAAAGAAGUCCAGGAGAUAA